UUCAGGAGUCCAGAAAGUGAAUUUAACUAAAAACAAUGAGCAGCGGAAGCUUGUCGGCGGCGGGAGCGCCGGCGGCGUCAUCGUCGACGGUGGAUGAUCAUCAUCAUUUGCAUCAUGAAUUGGCGUUGGCGGCGGCGGACGUAAACGUCAUCUCUAUUCAAGAUCGAAAGGAUCAGGCUCUUCUUGUUCUCAAGUCAGAUUUAAUGGCCAAACUCAAUAAAGAGGUUAAGUCCCUCGAUGAGGAUAGCUGGAUGUUUGAUGGACCACGAUCUCGCAUUAACCUGAUCUCAGGACCUGGUGGUCUUCGACACAGGCGUACAGAAAUCUCAACUCGUGACAUAGUCCCAAAAAAAUGAUGUAGAUCUCUUCAACAGUUUUACCUGCAUCUACUAGCACCCUGGUUAGCUGAAACCUGUCUUGAUCUUGUUUCAAGCUUUGGUUAUAAUUCUGUUUCUGCACAACUGGUUUUCAUUACCAGAAGACACUUUGACUGUAAAGGAACCAUGAUGUUAUUUUGCGAAGAUUGAAUGAUUUAGCAUGUACGCCUAUAACUUGCAUGUACGUAUAAUGCAGCAGAAAAUAGAGGGAAAUCAAGUAUUAUAUGUUUCUCCGGAUCGCAAGAAGUAUCACAAUUUAUAGAAGGGAAGAUGCUUUUAGUCCAAAAGAACUGGAAUCAAUAUGUUCUUACAGUUGUAGAGAUUUCAGCUGUGUUUCUUCUAGUUCACACGGGCAAGGAUGUAACUGUUCUCAAAUUUCAAUCUUUCCAUCAACAACAGCCGUUUAAGCAUUGGCCUCCAAAUUCA